CCGGACUGGGAGCUGUGGGGGUCGGGGUGCCCGCAGAGUUACCGCGCAGCCCCUCUGUGCUCGUGUCCCCGUCCCCUGUGAGGGUUGCCGGUGCCCCCCUGCCCGGCUUUGCGUUGCUGCCGCUGUUCCCCCGCGGGAUGCGGGCUCGGCCCGCCCCGUCAGCCCUGCCCCCCUUGCCGGCCGCAUUAUGAGCGCGGCGAGCGAUACAUACUUCCUUAUAAAAGACAUAAAACCCGGACUGAAAAACUUAAAUGUCAUCUUUAUUGUGCUGGAGAUCGGGCGAGUCACCAAGACGAAGGACGGGCAUGAGGUGAGGUCCUGCAAAGUGGCGGACAAGACGGGCAGCAUCACCAUCUCCGUGUGGGACGAGAUCGGCGGCCUCAUCCAGCCGGGGGACAUCAUCCGCCUGACUAAAGGGUAUGCAUCCCUGUGGAAAGGAUGCCUGACACUUUAUACAGGACGAGGAGGGGAGCUGCAUAAAAUUGGGGAGUUCUGCAUGGUAUAUUCAGAAGUGCCAAACUUCAGCGAGCCCAACACAGAACACAUGGGGCAGAACAAACUGGCACAGGGUGAACAGAAUAAUAGUUCUGCAUCAAGUAAUAUGAGUUCAUGUACUUUUGGGCCAUUGGGAAAUGGUUUACAAACUGGACCUGAAUCAAGUGGAUUUCCAUUUACAUAUAAUCACGGCCACUCUUACGCAGGUAGUGGGAGAGGCAAUGGACGAGGACCUGUAAAUCCAGCACCAGCUAAUAGUGUUCAGCCUUUUCUCCCUGUUGGUAAUGGGAGGGACCCACGCAGAGCCUUUAAAAGAUGACUAUGCCAAAUGUGGUUGUACAGCUUGCUUAAACUCUACACUCUACUUGAACACUUAUUGCACUUUUAUUUAUAGUUAACUGUGAACCAGUUUGUCCUUUAUUGUUGGUUUUUUUACCUUUUGGUCUAUGGAGCAAACUUGAUGUGAUCUAUUUCUUAUUUUGCUUAGGGAAGCACAGUGAAGUCUUCCCCACUCAUUAAGGGGGAAGGGGGAGAAGGUGAAUUUAAGAAAGUAAGGGUAACAGCUUGACGUGUCUCAAUUAAAACUUGGUACCUUUUGCUAAAUGGAAGAAAAUUUCAGUUACGUGUAUGUAUUUUUCUGUUGGUCAGCCAUGUAGCCUUAAAAGGUCUAUGUCCUAUGCGUGCAUAUGUUGAUUUCUAUUAGGGUUGAUGGGAGUUCUUUGUUUUGAAAGAUAAAUGAAGGGAAAGAGCAAAGAUGCUCUAGUGAAUUGGGUGUCCUUGGAAUGAAUAUAGCUUGUAAAAGCAAUAAGUGUAAGGAAAUGGUGGCUCCAGCACCCAGUCUCCUGAGUCAGAGAAUAGGUAACUCAGCUAAAAGUUGGAAGACACGGUGAGUGUCUUGAAGCUUGACUUCUGGUUCCAAGAAGGUGUAUGCUACUUAAAAAUUCUCCAUUAACACCAUCACUGUCAAGGAAAGUGACAGUGAUUUUUGCAUAGAAGCUUAGUUAUUCAUUCUUGCUUUGCAUGAAAUGGCAGGAGAGUAGGAUCUGAAUUCAGACAGUACUGGGGCAAUAUGCUGUUUGUAGUCACUCCUUGUGUAAAACCCUAAGGCUACAUUGUAGGAGUCUGAAUUUCCAGGAAAGAACUGUUAUCAAAUGCUGCAUUACCCAUCUCUUCAAUGAGGCUGCCUUCUCCUUCCUUCAUUCACUUUUCCAAAUGAAUUAUGUAUGGAUGGAUAUGUGGAUUGCAGAGGUACUGGCCAAGCACUCAGCUGCACUUCUGAUGCUGUUAAGCUGCUAGGCUUUCCUUCAUCUGUUUUAUAAGAAAUAUGAAUGAUCCCUUAAAGAACCCCACUACCACCAUCUCCUGGGGGGAAAUAGCUGUGGUUUUAUUCUGAGAUCACAAAUGCCUUGACUCUAGAUAAAAGUCCAGUGCCAUAUUUCAGAUCAGGUUAAAAAUCAACUUGGAAGCUGAGGUGUCAUACUGGAUUCAUAUGUUUAAUUCUUAUAGCUGACCUCUCAAAUAAAAAAUUGCACUAACCAUUUCAAAAACAAAUCUAACUUUUUUUUCUGUCAAGCCAUAAAGACUUCAUGACAAAAGGCUAUUUCUGAAUUGUGAGUUGUCUCUGUGGUUGUUCAUGUUAAUUGAAUCUACUACUAUGUCACAUAUGUUUACAUGUUAUUUCCAUUUGAUACUUGUGCUUUUGGUACUCUAUUGUGAUUACUUGUUGAAAAUUGCUUCUAAUUGGCAGAAGUUCCUUGCUUAGUAUGAAUUACUGAACUUUCUUCUAAAUGCAAACAGCAGCAACAACAAAGAAGGUUUAGUAGAGACUGUGCUCAAACACCUGAGGGCUGUUUUCCUCUGGUCUAGUGAAGUGCUAUCCUGAUACCUGCUUUCGGGUGGAACUAGUGAAACUUCUCUUGGACACAAGAGGGUGGCAUGCCUCAUGCGAUCACCCAUGGGUGCUGUUACGGAAGAGCAGUGUUAACUGGUGAAAGAAAAAGCACGCAGUGACUUCUGGAGAAAUGGUGUAAGGAGGUGAUGUGUAACUCAGGGACUUUGGAUUGCUUAUUAAAUUAAGUCAUGUAUAGUCUGGAUGCAUGGACAACCUCUUACGCAGUGUUGCAUUAAGACAUUUGAUACGCUUCUGACAGGGAAGCCAAGAGGAUUUCAAACCUGUGAAGUAUGUAUGACAUGUUCCAGAGCUGGAUGAAAUAUAAGUAUGGUGUGAGAGCUGUGCUUUCCAGUAGUAGCUGUAAAGGUAGCAAGUGAUGGCAUGGUGGGCACUUCAUACUUACUUGGGUAUCUCCACCAUGGAUAUCAAUCCUGGUGGUCUUGACUUCUCUACAGCAUAAAGAAGGUUGCUAUAGGUGGGAGUCCUGUGUUGGUGUGUGCUAAGGUGCCUGAUGUUUGUAGGUCUAUGCAUUUGAGCUUUUAUUAAGAUAAUAGAAUACUUGUUCAUAAA